AUGUCCCAAAACUCGGUCGUCCAGCUUGCCGUCGACUGGUUGCAGGGGGGAUGGGGGCCGAGCGGGGGAGUGGGAGAGGGAGCGAAGCAGGAGCAAGUAGGGAGCGGAGGAGCGGAGAAAGGAGGGGAAGGGCGGGAGAGAGGCGGCGGAAGAGGGAGAGAAAGGAGCGGGAGGAGAGCGGGGGAGAGGCGGGUUGGAGUGGAGGCGGGGAGAAGGAGCAGGGGGGGGAGGGGAGGGGGUAGGUGGGAUGUGGAGGGGAGGAAAUGGGAGGGGAGGUGCGAACGACGGGUUGCGAUAAAUCCCGUCAUUCCCCCUUCUGCUCCCCAUCAAUUCCCGCUCUGCUUUUCCAUCAAUUUCCCCUCUGCUCUCUAUUUCCCCCCCUGCUUCUCCUCCGUUCCCCCCCUGCUUCCCCCCAUCCCCUUCCCUGCUUCCCCCCAUCCCCUUCCCUGCUUCCCCCCAUCCCCUUCCCUGCUUCCCCCCAUCCCCUUCCCUGCUCCCCCCCAUCCCCUUCCCUGCUUCCCCCCAUCCCCUUUCCUGCUUCCCCCCAUCCCCUUUCCUUCUUCCCCCCAUCCCCUUUCCUUCUUCCCCCCAUCCCCUUUCCUGCUUCCCCCCAUCCCCUUUCCUGCUUCCCCCCAUCCCCUCAGCCCUCCUUCCCCCCACCCUCUGCCCUGUUCCACCCUGCCCUCCCCAUCCCUGCCUUUCCCUCCCUGCCCUGCGCUUCCCUUCCCCAUCCCUUCUCAACCCUUCCCUUCCUUUUCAUGCCCUCCCCUUCCCCUUCACACCUCACCCGCCCACUACUUGGUGAAGCAGAGGAGCAAGCUGAGGCGCAGCUAA